GGGAAUUGUGUUCCGAAAAAUUGGGAAUAAUUCAUCUCCCAGCUAAAACUCAUACUGAAAAGAUUAAACGGACAUUAACAGCGAGGUUCCGUGUAUUGUUUAUGUGCACUUCUAUAUCUUUUCGGUAGGAACAGCAAAACAUGGCCGAAGAAUCGGAAUUCAAACACAUAGUAAAUACUAGAAGAGAAGCAGAUACUUCUGAAGACUGUCUAUUAUCACAUAAUGGGUUCGUAGACGAUAUAAACAUCGAAAUAGUGAAGUUUGAGCCGUGUGAUGAACAUCCUUUGGAAGACAUCCGCCAGCAAGAUCACGCUGCUUCUAAAGUUAUUGUGCCCAGUAUUAGCACGGAUGAGAUAGAAAUUGGGGAAGUCAAAAUAGAGCCUUUCGAUGUAUACAGUGAUCCCAAUCAUAUUUCUGAUAAUUGGAGGGAUACCGGAAUCGAGGAAAGUGUUGUAUCAAGUAAUAACAAGCCCCAGAACCAGUGUGAUAGCUCAUACGACGUAGUACCAAAAGCAUUACUCCACGCGGAAAGAUCGUCACCAAGUUCAUUUGUAGAACCUAGUUUAGCCCACGGACAGGUAAAAAUUGAUUCGAAUGAUUUGGUACUGCACUUGUCGUCAAAAUAUUCAUCGCCGGACCCGUCGAGCCUAGCUGCACAAAUGACAAUUCAAAAAGGUUCGGCAAUUAUUGCUUUGGAUAGGCAAUCUCUCCAGGACCCAUUGUGUGUGCCUGAACAAACGACAAUUCGAAAAGAUUCGGCGAUUGUGCCACUGACGAUGCCGAAACAAGUUGAAGAAGCGACCGCAAUGCAUGCACCGAUUGGGCAUGCUUACGCUUGCAAUAAAUGUGACAAAUCAUUUAAUAGCUUAGAACUCUUAUCAAAACAUAUUAGGACUCAUGUUCAACUAUGGCGGUGUGACAUAUGUAACAAAUCGCUUAGAAGCGAGUACUAUUUGGCCAAGCACAAAUCAAAGUUACAUGGAUGCGGCUCAACAAUACUGGAUGAAGUAGCAGAAGGCCGAGCACGAAGCGUGCAGCUUACCAUGUCCAGAGCUAACAUAAACGGACAUACAAACGAUGAGUGCGUGGCAAGUGGAAAAGUGAUUUUAUGUAAAAAUACAAAUAUAAAGGUUUUUCUCUUUCGAUGUGAAAACUGUAACGAAUCUUUCGAAACAAAAUUAAGUCUUGAAAAGCACAUUGAAUCGCAACACCAAUCCAAACAAGAAGAAACAUUUCACUGGUAUUCGAAGGUGAAUUCAAAAAGUAUACCCAUUGGUGAGAAGAGCCAUGCUUCUGAACAACCAAACGAUUGCAAGCAAAGUUGUCCAAUAAGUCUUUUAAAGCAGCCUGUUGAAAUACACGCGCCAGAUGGCCCACCCUUUCGGUGUGAAAAAUGUGCCGCAUACAAUAAUAAAAAUAUGAAUAUAUUUUUCAGAACAAAACUUAGUCUUGAAGAGCACAAUACGUUGCAUCAUGCAAUUGACGAACAUGCGCUAGAUGGCCCACCCUUUCGGUGUAAAAUAUGCAACAAAUCAUAUAAACAUAUAAUCACACUUAAAACCCACAAUGCAUUGUAUCAUCCAUUAAAAGGUUCUGAAAAAUCCUACACUUGCAUUGAAUGCGAUGAAUCCUUUGACAACAUUGUACAAUUAAAAAAUCACAGAAAGUAUCAUAUUUGGAUAUCGUGCCCACAGUGUAAAAAAAUGGUAAAAUCUGCUACCCUCAAAGCUCAUUUGAAACACACACAUGCACCGGACGACAAACGCUUUCGUUGUGAUUUGUGUUGCAAAGAGUAUAAAAAUUAUGGUGGACUGAAAUGGCACAUUACUUUGAAGCACGAAGAAAAUGAAGACACAGAAUCACAGAAAAAAUCCUAUGUCUGUGAGCAGUGUAAUAAAGCGUUCCAUCACAAGGCUUUGUGGCAACAGCACCGGCGAAGUCAUAUUCAACAGCUGUGUCACAUAUGUGGGAAAAUGAUGGGAAUCACCGUGAUACAAAUGCAUAUAGAAAAUCAUCUAGUGGAACCGUUAGGUGGUUUCAAAUGUGAGCUGUGUGAUAGACGGUAUACUCAAAAAUGUACUUUGCAGCAGCAUAUUGCUACGAUGCAUCGACCAGCUAAUAAGAAAACACAAUGUUUCCGUUGCAAUAAGUGUGAAAAAUCUUAUACAAGCCGGAAACAAUUGUUGGAUCACCGGAGAAAUCAUAAUUUUAAAAAAUGUUCUGUAUGUGAAAAGGAUGUGACAGUUUAUACUUUUAAAAAUCAUAUGAGAAAACAUGAAGUACUUGUAAACUUAUAAUUAGUAACCAUUCCGAAUACAACCUUUCUUAAUUUGUGUAGAUAAUA